GAUGCUCGUAGACGGAUUACGAUGUGUUGUGGUGAGUCUUUCCACACCUAAAAUAACAAACGACUGGCUAUUUUGCCAAGAAAUUCGAAAACUACUAAGGCAUAUCACCUUUCCUUAUUGUUACGUACUUCAGAGGUCAUUCUGGGUUGUAAAUAAUGUAAAUAGCAGAGCCAGUAAAGCAGUCUUUGGUCGACCAAGAUUGGAGUUGUAAACAAGAGAGUAGGACAAGAAUGGCCGUGGAUGUGUUUUGGCGAUGCGUUUUGCUGGCUUCCCUAGUGCUAAUUUUACUUGAUUCUAGCACUGUGCAAGGGCAGUUAAACUUUUAUAUAGCGAAAAACAAUGUGAACUCGUGCCUCAAAUUAAACUACAAUAUGGACUUGUACAUGAUAAAAAACGACGAACCUGUAUCCCUGCUCAAGGACUCUAGGGCUUUUAAGGACUUUCUGGCCCCGUUGUCUGCAAAAAUCGAUGUAGUAAAGCUCAAUUGGUUUUCAAGUCCGAAGACCUCAAGAUACCACUUAACUGUCCAGUCGAGUGAUACAGAGUCCAUGCCCCACCCUGUGCCAUCUCUGGCCGCAGAGGGGCUUAUCUCGCAUUCCAAAAAAGAAUUCUCCAUGUCGUUUGGCUGUACUGGACGAAAGGCAGGCUUGGUAGAGGUUUCUCUGAGGCUUAACUACACAAGUGUUAUCAGUGGGAAAAUAAGCAUGGACAAGAUGCAAUCUUUUGAUUUGGUAGUUCGCCGAUGGUGUGAUAAAACUGUCUCUGAUCCAACACCCAAGUCUACUAGUGGAGGGAUUCACUGGUCGCGUGCUGCAAUUGUAGGGUUAUGUGCUGGAGUAACACUUGUUCUUUGCAUGGCGGUGGGGAUUGGCCUGCUACUUAGAUACCUUCUAAGGCAGCGCAAACUGAAAAUGGAAUUUGAAGAUGACUUAGAGUUAACAGAAAAACGUGAAUACAGCAAAAAGAAAAUAAUGAGCCUCCCAAUGCCUAGCUUAUCAUCUCAAAAGAAAACUCCCAAAGUAAUAUACUCCCCAACAAGCUCUCGUAGCUCAAACAAGCGUCACAGCUCAUUGCCUGGGCCCUCCAGGCAGAGGUCAAUAACAAAUGUGAGUGACACGUCAACGGCUGGGCUGAUAUGCCUGGACGAUACAGAUGAUGAGGACCAAAACCAAGUGCAGAGUGUGUGCAAGUGUGAGUCUCGGGAGCAGCUAGUUGGGGGCAGAGCUUCGCAGGAGAGUAAUCCUGUACCAGAAACAACACCUCACAAGGCAGAAAUCCUGAGUGAGAUGAUGAGCAUGUGGUCCUCACAGCUGGUAGGAUACCUAGUUAGCAAAGAACAACUGGAAAUCAACGAGCUUAUUUCACAAGAAAAUGUUUUCAAUAUUUAUCAUGGCAGUCUUAAAAUGGAUUCUGAAGACUGCUGUAAACACGAGGUCGCUGUUAGGAUUCUAAGAGAUGACCCAGCAAGUGAUCUUGAAACAGUGGUGAGGUUUGUGCGAGGAGCCAUAGCCAUGAAGAGCAUGUCCCACCCAAAUGUGCUACCUCUAGUAGGGGUUGUGCUGCACCCCACAUCACUACCAUACAUCAUAACGCCGUACAAUAGGGACCGGAGACUGUGUGAUGUGUUGGUGAGGUCAAGAGGAUCGCAAACAAAGCCUCAGGGUCUAACGUCUGAAAAGCUGUUAGACAUUGCCAUACAAAUAACAAGGGGCAUGGAUUCCCUAACACUGCAGAAGGACAUAAACUUGUCAACACGGAACUGCCUAGUGAGUGAUGAUCUUCUAGUAAGAAUUGAUUCCCACAUGGAUGUGAAUUCCUCAGAUGUAGGGGGUGUUUCGGAAUGUCUUGAUAAUGCUUCCAGUUAUGAGAAAAAACAUGUGUUUCUGUUUGGUGCCAUUCUUUGGGAAAUCAUUACGCAUGGCGAAAAGAUAGCAGAACCCUACCAGUGCAGACCUGCUAACUGUCCUGAGGAGCUAUAUGAUACCUUGAUCAAAUGUAGACAUCCUGAUCCUGCAGAGAGACCAACAUUUUCCUGGUUGAGUGACUGGUUAGCUGAGUACCAAAGUAGGUUGUUCCCAGGAACCCUGUGUUUUCAGACACUUCAUGGUCAACACACCAUCCAAAUGAACUGCUGAGCAGUUCUAUUAUAAAUAGUUAGGAUAGAGCCUGGUACUAAUUCUACAGUUGUAGACACUAGCAAAGAGUGCUCAGUGGAUGUAUACAAAGCAUUUUUGUGUCCUGAUUCAUUUUCAAAUGUGGAUUGCAGUAAUUCACUGAGGGCAUACUGUAUAUUAUAAUUAUUAUUAUAGCAAUUUUGCAAAAUAGUGUACAUUGAUGCAGUGGCUAUUAUUUGAUGGCCAAAGAGGGAGAUACAUAUAAUUGUUGAACCCUUAGCUUCUCUCCUUAAAUCACUUAAUAAGUAUAAGUUUUUUUGUGGAUGAUCCAUGGAAAACUUUAUUAUUCUUGCAAAGUCUAGUUUUGAAUUUAGACCCUCAUUGUAAUUAAUGUGUCCUUAGUUUCUCUCUCCACAACAGGCAUGAAAGAAUUGGAAACUGGACUUUUGCCAGGAAACAGCGUUUUAUCAACCUUUAUUUUGCUUAACUCCUUAUACAGUUAAGGUCCCUUAGAACACUUCAUAAAAUUCUGUUUUGAUGUUAACCCACAAUGGGUUGUGUGACAUUGUAAAAAAUGCCAUUAAUACACCUUACAUGAAGAAUGCUCUCUGCUGCCAAAUUGAGGAAGGUGUUAUAGUUUGAGAAUAGACCACAAAAAUAGCUUUGUGUGCACUUAUUAUUAUUAUAAAUUAUGGGCUGGGUCCCACCGCUGGAAGCCUUAGCAGCUGUUGCACCUUGCUUGGCUUACUGGCGAAUAUUGUGAUGGUGAAUAUUGUAAAUACAUAGCUAUUUUCUGUUUAUGCAUUAGCAUUUUGACAUUAUAUUUACUCUAUAAAUACAAAGGCCCUGAUAUUUAUAGCUACAGUAUUAAUGUUUGGAAAUAUAAAGAUUUUGAGACUAAAGUAGUAGCAAAGAUGUUGGCUAUAGUGAUGAAGAGAUUUCAAUGUUGGUAGCUGCAGUAACUUUUUUCCUUGCUCUCAUUGAUUUUUUGAUAAAGAAUGGUAAAUGGUAUUUAAAAGAUUCAAUAUGCAUGUUAAGAUUUUACAUGAUAGUAAACUGACUUGCAAUUUUAUUUAGACACUGUGCCUGCCAGCGCUAGGUAUCCAUUGAUGGAUUGAUGGGCACUGUAUAAGUUAUUAUACCCUCAAAAUGGCUUUAUACUUCUAAUGAUUGCCUUAAAGCCGCAUUGUGGCCAGUUUACUUCCGGUCGAUUACGUAAAAAUCUACAAUGAUUUUUUACGGAAAACGCAAAAAAAUAUUUCAAAAUAUUGAAAGCAGUGUGUCUAUUGGAAGUUUCUUCAAGGAUGUGAUCGAUAAUUUAGAGCGGAUGGCCUGUUAAAUAUCUCGGAUUCUAAUAGAUUGUUUUGUCUUUUAACGGUUGAGGUAUCCGUCGGACCUCCGGAAGUAAACUGGUGACAAUACAGCUUUAAUGUCUUAUCCUUAGUACUGUAUAUGGUAUUUUGAUUAUUUUUUACUACUUCAGUACCUACGAUAUAAUUCAGAUUACCUUACCCAGCAACAUUUUAAGUCUAUCUUAUGAAAUAGAAAUACAUAGGAAGUAAAACGUUAUACUGGCGAAAAAAAUGUUUGAGGAGUUGUGUUCAGAAAUCAAACUUAAUACUGUCAGUUUCUUACUGUAUUUUCACUUUGGAAGUUUGAAAAUUUAUACUUAACUGUAUGUAGGGCUUAUACUUAAUUCAAUUCAGUCUCAAUCAUUAUCUAGUUAGCACUUUAAGCUGUCAAUUCCUAUUUCUUACUUCAAAAAGUCUUGAAGAAAAGCCUUAAUUUCAAUGGCAUAGGGGUUUACAUAACACCAUUUUAAGGAAUUAUGUCUAAGAGAUACAUAACCAAAGAGAGAGAAUGAAAGUAAUUAUCAUUUAGUACUCUUGUCACAAAUUUUGAAACCACUACCAGUGUUCUGUGUUUCUAAUUAUCUGUACAUAGUUCCGUUGUUUGCACACAUGUUAAUGCAGUUGAGAGGAUGUUUGCUGGUGUUGUUGGAGAUUGUUUUACUAUGCAAUCCAUUAUGCAAUUUUUGAAUAUUAAUUGUCAACAUUCAAUUCUGUCUGCAUACCAGGGUAUAAAAAUCUUAAUACUCACAUAACAUACAUGACCACAAAACGGCCAAUAAUUGUUUGCCUGUGACAUUGUUAUGUAUACACUACAUAUGUAGUUUAGAAGGCAUUACAAAGGUGAAAUAUAUUUUUGGAACACUCUCUAUAUAGGAGAAUGUAUAACAAGAAAAUUGUAAAUACUACAAAUAUGUAUGGUAAGAUGAAAUAAAAUUACCAUGGUUGUUUUUGUCAAUA